UCUCACUUUAAUAACCAUAUCAACAAAACAGGUUCAUAUCAUUUCAGGGUGUUAAACCAUCACUGCAUAUUAGUGGUAGAUUUUUUAGAAAUCGAAUCAUAGCAGGGAUCUUUUCUUUUCUAAUCAAACAUUUUAUCUUCAAGGUCUGGAACACUGGUAAACACGACACUUAGUAGUUGUACUUCCUAUUUUUUUUGUAAUGUUUUGCAUUUAAGUGUAGGGGCUUUAUAUUUAGACUUCCUGCUGAAGACAUAUUCAGAAAUACACCUUUCUGUUUGAUUGUUUCUGCGUGGAGAUCAGUUUUAAUUAUCAGAAUAAAUCAGAAUAAGACUUUGUACCAUGGAUGGAAACUCAUUAUCAUCACUGUCAGAGGAGGAAUCUUCGAAACAGCUUUCUCUCCCUAAAGAGACCAACGAAGAAAGAACAUCACUCCGCUCAGGACAAGUGGAAGAUUUGGUCCAAACAGAGAGACUCAUCUCCGGAGAGGAGCAGUUAACAUUAAUCACAGAAAGCAUGACCAUCACGUCUGCAGACCAGGAGAAACUUCAGCUCCUUAACAAGAACACAGAGCUUCGCAGACUCAACAAAGAGCUUAUGAAGCUAAAUGAGGACUGGGAUCAUAUCUACCGCAGCACAACUGCAGGCCUGCAGCAGCGUGUGACGGCUCUGGAACACGAAAAUUCGACCCUCAAGCAACUCAACGGCAGACUCCUGAUCAAAGUGGAACAUGAACAGAAUAAAAGUGAGUACUAUGAACACACGCUGAUGCAAGAGCUAAAGAAAAAUCAGCAUCUUCAAGAGUACAUCCGCCUCCUGGAGAGCCGUCUUCACCACAGUGAUACCCUGAAAGACUGGGCUUUGGGGACCCAGAACAAGUCAGCUGUUUUCAGUCCACCAGAUACACAUGUCCUGGAGCGCAGCCCCAAGACUUCCUCUUCCACUGCCCCUUCUCUGGAGCUCCCUCACAGGACUAGGUCUAGCCGAGCACAUUCUGAGAUCCACGAGAAGCAGAAUGAAGCCAUUAAGGAAGUUCAGGACCUUAAGGAGCAGUUGGAAGCCUUGAGGUGCCAGACUAAAAUCUAUGAAGCAGAUUAUAAAAUAGAGCACAAGGACCAUGAGCGCAUGCUCCAAGAGAACAAGAGACUCCGGCGUCGUGAGGGAGAGAUGAGGCAGCAGAUGGCGCUGUUGCAAGAACAGCUGAAGGUGUAUGAGGAUGACUUCCAUAAGGAGCGUUCGGAUAAGCAGCUCCUGCAGCGGCUUCUGAUGAAGAAAGCUCCAGCGGGGCAGGAGCCAGCACUAAUCCACCGCUGUAAUAAUGACCAGGAGAGACCAAGAGGCGAGAGGAGAAAGAUAAGAGAGGAACACAGACCACCUUUCACGUGUCCAAAACACUGUGAGAACCGUGACCGCCUGGAGUACCCCUGAGAUACACACAGGUCCAGCUCUAAAUGUAUCUAAGGCUACAUGCUAAAAUUGUUUCUAUUUUUUUAUAUAACUGUUAUUAUGUAUUUAUCAGAGUCUAUAUCAGUUUGUUUGUUUUUUUUUCAUAGGCCUAAACUCAUACACAUACACACGCAUAUAUGUUCACAGGUUCAGCAAAGAAGUAUUGUGAUUGUAUCUACAGCUAGAGUACACACUUAUAAUAUAAUUUUAAGAAAUAAUAUUAAGAUUUAGAAAUGUAUUUAUCUGAAGCUUUAUAUUUAGUUUUUUUAUGACUUUUCUCACGCGUAAAUGUUCCAUUUCGCUCUUUUCUUUCUCAUAAGAAGAAUGGAAUAAAUCCAAUUUUUGAUUUAAAAAAAAAUGUCAGUUUAAUUGUAUUCUUUUUUUUACUUGCCAUAAAGUACAAUCCUGGUUAUAACAAUAUACUAAGAUGGGUGUUAUGACAUACAAACGCUGCAGUAUGUACCAUUAUGAGAAAAUCUGAAAUGACUACAUCAUAUUUUAUACUUCUUUAAAUGUGUUUGCAUGUGUUGUGAUACAUGCAGUGUGUUGUAUUAUGUAUGUAUAUUAAUGUAUAUUACCAUCAUUUCUUUUAUCGAGUUGUUUAAGUCUAUAAAUAACCUUGCACUUUCCUAAAAUACUCAUUUGGUAUAUAAUAAAUACCACUGGCUCAUUUCAUUAAAAAAUAAUAAUAAUAAUUUUAAAAAAUACCAUGAUAUACUGUAAGAUUACACUGAGUUGAGCAGAUUAUUACUCGAUACUGUAAUUUUGGUUGUGAGUUGUAGCAUUCUGGGUUUUUUUUGUUUGUUUGUUUUGGUUUGGGUUUUUUUUUAUAGUUACUGGGCGCGCGGUGGCUUAGUGGCUAGCACAUUUGCCUCGUCAAUCCAGUGGCUUAGUGGUUAGCACAUUCUCACCUCCACCCUGUGUGCUCAGAGUUUGCAUGCUUUUGGCAUGCUUUGGGAAUUUUCUCUGGCUAGUCCAGUUUCCUCUCCCAGUCCUACAAAUAUGUGUUGUGAAUGAGUGUGUGAGUGUGUGUAAUUGUGCCCUGUGAUGGGUCGGCACCAUCCAGGGUGUCCUGAGUCCCCUGGGAUAGGUUCCAGGCUCACCCAUGACUCUGUGUAGGAUAAGCGGUCCAGAAAAUGGAUGGAUGGGUAACAGUUACUUUGUGCAUAAAAUACAAAAGUACAUAUGAACGUAUGUUAAAUAAUUAUGGACUGAAAUAGAUUGCCAUUAUCAAUAUAUUUUUGCAAGGGCACAAAUACAUUAUUGAUAUAAUUCAUUUGUUAUAUACGAAUAAUCUCAUCUAGUGAAGCCAAACACAUAAUAUAAUCUUUCACUGACUUGGAAAACACUUGGCAUGAGGUCAUACACUGCAUGAAACAACGCAAUGAUCACCUGUGAAAUAAUCUGUGAAUGCUUACUCAAGCAGCCUACUAAAAAAUGUAAAAGUGUCACGUAUAUUUUAACACAAGAGGAAGCAAGUUAACUUUUUUCAACAUAACUCACACGAAAGGUCACUGAGCUAUUACUGAAAAAGAAGAACAAAUAGAAUAAAGUUCCUUGUUUUCCAGCUUUGCUUCUGACUAACACCACUAACGAUUCUCUUUUCUAAAACUUGCGUCCUUGUGCAAAUAAUUAAAAAAAUUCGACACAUUACAUCGUUCUUUCUCAGAAGGGUGUUGAGAUCAUACGUAUAAUGUGUAUACACUUUAGGUUGGUCAAAAAUGCAGACUGUAAAAUGGAAAUCCAAGCAAGGAACUGUCAAUUCAUCAAUAAAAUUACUUCAACUCCA